CAACCUGCAGGGCAGCCUCAUAAAAAGCCCUACUUGAGGAGUGAUGAGACCACAAAAUGUAUGUUGAAUCACAGGAAUCAAAUAUAUAAAAAGUAAAAAGAUAUCAUUUACUUUUAUCUUUUUGCAGGAGUGAUGAUUGUUUAGCAAAUACUGCACAUUGUGUCCCAGAAACAAUAAGGCGGUGUUUCUUAAUUCUUAAGAAAACCUCAUGAGCAAACAGGGACGUGUUGAAGGUUGAAUGAAGAUUGAAUGUCGGUUGAAUAAACACACACAAGCACACGCACACGCACACGCACGCACACACACACAUACUGUAACCUGUGUGUAUUAUGUUCAUGUGUGUGGGUGUGUAAAGCAGAGAGGGCAGGAUCUUGUCUUACUCUGCUCAAGAAAGCCAGUCAUCGAACACUCUGAGUUGGAUGUACUGAACAACAAAGAUCAUGCUCUACUUCUUCCUCCUGGUUUGUUAUUUGUCAAGUACAACAUGCUCAGAGCUGCUGAGCCGUCACAGAAGGUCUUGGAUCACUGACUCCUUCACAAUAGAGGAGGGGCAUCCAGGGCCGUUCCCCUAUGUGCUGGGCAAGAUAAAUAUCGAGGAAGACUAUCGAGUAUACUUUGAUUUAUUUGGGGAAGGAGUGGAUGAGGAGCCAAAGGGAGUCCUUUCCAUUCAUAAAGAAUCUGGCACAGUGUCUGUCCACAGGGCUGUGGAUUAUGAGGAGAAGACAAUGCUUAAGCUGAAACUCAUGGCCAGAAAGUCAGAUUCAUCAAGUGACACUAAAUUAGGAGUUGAGAUUUCCAUACUGGACAUCAACGACAACCCACCACGCUUUCAGAGAGAUCUGUAUGAAGUUAGCAUUGAUGAGGAAAACGCACAAGGCUCUCAUCUCCUGACGGUUGUGGCCUAUGACAGAGACCAGAGAGGGACACCAAACUCAACAUUCCACUACGAAAUCAAAUCUGUGUCUCCAAACCCUCCAGACACUGAAUUCUUCAUUGAUCACUCUGGAACAAUCUCAUUCAAAGGAUGUUUGGAUUAUGAGGUGGCUGAAACAUUUACAGUGUUGGUGGAGGCCAAGGACCAUGGUGAAGUAGUCAGUCUGUCCAGCUCAACCUCUGUUGUCAUUCAUGUCCAGGAUGGCAACAACCAUCUCCCUUCCAUCAGCGGACUAACAGGCUCUAGCAAAGUAAAAGAAGAUGAGACCGGGACCUCUCCUCUGCGGCUACAUGUGACAGACAAAGACACCCCACACAGCCCGGCAUGGAGAGUCCAAUACACUGUACAGGGUGACGAGGGAGAGCACUUUAAGAUAGAAACAGACCCAGACACCAAUGAUGGAAUCCUGACAGUAGUAAAACCUUUAGACUUUGAGGAGGGAGCACAGAGGCAGCUGUCCAUCUCAGUGGAAAAUGAGGCGCCAUAUUUCUCCUGUAAAGUGAAGGAGAGGACGUCCUCAGGCCUCUGGAACGUCGACACCCGUAAAGGUGAUGGUCCUGGUGCAGGUCAGCCUCACUCUGUAGAAGUCAUUAUUGAAGUUGAGGAUACUAAUGACCCCCCAGUGUUCAGUGAGAGGGUCAAAGAGGCCAUGCUGGAGGAGAACGCACCCAUUGGAACCUGGGUAGAGAAAGUGUCUGCUGUCGAUCCCGACUUCAGUCACGCAAGAGAUUUUGUGUACAAGGUGGGAAAUGAUCCUGCUGGCUGGGUGACGGUGGAUCCCCACACAGGAGACAUCACAACUGCCAAGACACCCGACAGAGAAUCUCCUCAUGUUGUUAACGGAGUCUACACCAUCUUACUUCAUGCAGUGGAUGCUGGUAAUCCACCUAUGACAGGCACAGCCACACUGAACAUCCACAUGAAUGACCAGAACGACAAUGUGCCAAAGCUGACAGUGGACAAUGUGGAUGUGUGUGUGUCUGACAGCCCCACCACCACCAACAUCACAGCCUUUGACUUAGAUGAAAAUCCCUUCGGAGGGCCUUUUACAUUUGAACUGCUGGGGGAUGUCAAAGGAAAAUGGAAACUGAAUCCCUCAUAUGGCUACACAGCUGGCCUGAUGAAGGAGCCCAGUGUGUAUCCUGGUCCGCACACAAUUGAUCUGAAGAUCUCUGACAUGCAGGGAGAGUUUGGCGUUUACAGCCUCAGUGUGACCGUGUGUGAUUGCUCUGUGACACCUAACUGCCGAGGCCGCCGAGUUGCUUCCACAAAAGCUGCCUUUGGCGCUAUAGGCAUAGUGUUUGCCUCGCUGUUUUUACUCCUGUUUCUGCUGCUGAUGGCAGUCGUCAUCUCCUGCAAAAAAGAGUCCGGCACUUUGCAGACCUGUGAUUCCUCUGGAGAAACCCUCCUCGCAUCAAACACUGAAAAACCAGGAACAGACUGCCAGGUACCCGGCAGUGUCCUGGCAGUGUCUACUGAUAAGAAGCACCAUGAUCCAUCUGAUUGGCAAAGUCUGCCUGAUGGAAUGCAAUACAGAAAGGUUUCAACAAAGGAUAUGGAGCAAAACUUCAUCUACAAACACUUUAGAGAUUACACAAAGGAGAACCUUUCUGACCUGCUCAGUGAGAACUGCAACCAGAUGACCUGGGAUUCUCCAAUAGCCAAUGGCUACCACCAUAACCACCAGAUUGAGGACAGGAGUACAAUGAAUUUCCUCUACAAAAGGAACUCAAGCCAUGCAGCUCUCCUAACCCUGCUUCAUCGGAGGCUCUCCUCUCUCCAGAAGACAGAGGAAGAUGUGGAUUAUCAGCCUCACCUCUACGCAGAUGAGGGGGACUUAGACAACCUCUCAGAGUUGGAGAACAUCUGCAUUUCUGACGAUGAUUCAUUCCAGAUAUCACUGAAUGACUUGGGCCCCAAGUUCAACCAACUGGCUUCCAUUUGCAAGCCACCACCGAUACAAAACUGAAAACCUGUUUUUCCUGAAAACAUUUGUUCUUGAGUUGGGAAACAAAUGUCUCUCUAGCCCCCCCCCCCAACUGUAUUGGCUGUGAUUUUAAGGUUGAUGGAUUCUAAAAAGUUUGAUAUUAAAAAAUAAAAUCUUUGUAUUCUAA